GCAAAUAAAACUCGAGAGAGAGAGCUGCUUACAACUCACUCGGAGUUAAGUACAGUAGAGAGAGGGAGUGACUGAGACAGAGUGAUCCUUCCAUACCGAAAUCUCUUCUUUAGAAGACAAUCCACGGGAAAACGUGUGGCAGCAGAGAACCAAGUCGGAUAAAAGGUUCGUUUGGUUUUGAUGUUUUAUAUUUUUGUUUUGUUCUGAGAAUAGUUAAACUGGAAACCACAAGAAUAUCCGUGGAGCAAUCCUGAAAUUAUUCAACCCAUUUUUUGGCAGCUGACUUUUGAACGAGAAGGAAAAACUGAUAAUACAGACCAGACAGUGGACACCUCAGUUUGAAGGUCUCUAGCCAGGGAACCAUCCAGCUCCAUAGCUCUCCUCUGCUAUCUCCCUGCUCCAGUUUUAGAGCUCUAUUCUUCUCGAGCCAAGACUUAACUAAGCUCAACAGUUGCGGACAGGUCUUUGCUGAGAAGCCCCCAGAGGUCAGUCUUGUUGUUUGGCCAAUCACUUUGUGGUACUUAGUGGCUGCUGCUCUGAGAAAGAACCGGUCGGAGGGCAACUCCAGAGGCUGUGCAAGGAUUAAAUCGGACUUGCUCCGAUCUUAGUUAUGGCCCUAACUGGAUAAACUUACAGUCAAGAUGAAGGAGGCUGUCUCUGGGUGGCCUGACUUCCUGGGCCUGUUCCAGGACCCGCUAGAGCUGGGAAAUGCAAGUGGCAACGCUUCACUAAUGAUGAAGGACUUGCCACGGGGCCUGGAGUUGGAGAGACCAGAGGGCAUGGCAGGGCAGUUCCCGGGUUCAGGCAUCCGUGGGAGCACUGGCACUGAUGGCCCAGCUGGAGCGGUGGUGCGGAUUCUCCUCAGUGUGGUGUAUUCAGUGGUGUGUGCGUUGGGGCUGGUGGGCAACCUUCUAGUUUUGUACCUGAUGAAAAGCAAGCAGGGCUGGCGUAAGUCCUCCAUAAACCUCUUUGUCACCAGUCUGGCCCUGACCGACUUCCAGUUCGUGCUCACCCUACCCUUUUGGGCGGUAGAGAACGCUCUUGACUUUACCUGGCCCUUUGGCAAGGCAAUGUGCAAGAUCAUCUCUACUGUGACAGCCAUGAACAUGUAUGCCAGUGUCUUCUUCCUUACUGCCAUGAGUAUCGCGCGCUACCAUUCUGUGGCCUCUGCUCUCAAGAGCCGCCGACCCCGAGGACGGGGUCGGGGAGGUGCCUGGAGACGAGUCCUCGGGUUGAGCAGAGGAGGUGACUGUUGCUUUUCAGCCAAGGUGCUCUGCGUGUUGAUCUGGGUCUUGGCGGUGCUGGCCUCUUUGCCCCAUGCCAUCUUCUCCACCACUGCCACGGUGAUGGAUGAGGAACUCUGCCUGGUACGUUUCCCGGACAAGCCACGGGCUGGGGAUGCUCAGAUCUGGCUCGGGUUAUACCACACACAGAAAGUGCUACUCGGCUUCGUGCUGCCGCUAGGGGUGAUCAGUCUCUGCUACCUGCUACUGGUGCGCUUCAUCUCUGAACGUCCCGUCUGCAGAGGUGGAAGCGCCGGCGUAGCGCCGGGUACCAUCAAUGCUUCUGGAGAAGGACUCAGCAGCGCGGCUGGAGCCAGCGCCAAGAGGCGUUCUAAGGUCACCAAGUCGGUAACUAUCGUUGUACUAUCGUUCUUCUUGUGUUGGCUCCCCAACCAGGCUCUGACUACCUGGGGUAUCCUAAUCAAGCUGAAUGUGGUGCAUUUCAGCCAGGAGUACUUCCUAAGCCAGGUGUAUGUGUUCCCAGUGAGCGUGUGCCUGGCCCACUGUAACAGUUGCCUCAACCCCAUCCUCUAUUGUCUCAUGCGCCGCGAGUUUCGCAAGGCGCUUAAAAGCCUGCUUUGGCGCAUCGCAUCUCCCUCACUAACUAGCAUGCGCCCCUUCACUGCCACUACUAAACCUGAGCCCGAGGAACAGGCCCUGCAGACCCUGGCGCCCCUGCAUGCUUCAGUGGAGCCGGACCUCCUCUACUGCCCACCUGGAGUCGUCGUCUACAGCGGAGGUCGCUAUGAUUUGCUACCCACUAGCUCAGAGGAACAACGCUACUAAAGAAAGAGGGUUGAUCAGAAAGAAGUGGAAGGGGGAGGUGUGGAGCGGAGUGAUUUCCCUGGCGGGGGAUAUGGGAAAUACAGAGACAAAGAGAGAAACACAAACAGAAACAGACGGAGAGACAGACAGACAUAGGCACAGAGACACAAACAGAGGGCACAGAAGCAGAACAAACUGGAAAGAAUCAGUAGACGUAGACGCUGGGUCCAAGUAGGAUGGAAAGUAGGAUGGAAAGUGAACCGGAUCGAUAAGGUGGUUCUCAGCACCCGCCAAAGAACAAGGAGAGAGAACCUUAGGAAUCAAACUGCACAGAUACAAAAACAAACAAACAAACAAAAAAACCGCUAAAGCGAUCUAAAGUUACACCAAGUGGUAAAUUGUGGUGCUCUUCUUCCUCCUUUUGCUUGAAUGAGAAACUGCUCCAGACCCUAAAUAAGUUCGUUCUUGUUGACGCUAGGUGGUGAGAGAAGGGGAAUUGGCAAAGGGUGUAAGUAAGAGAUGAAGUUCAAUAGACCCGUGUGAGCUUUGAGUCCAUGAGAAACUCUUCCACUUUUCUCUCUGGACUCCAGGGGUACCCCCUGCUCCCAGAAUUAGAGAAAGAGCAAUCCUAGUGGGCUGGGAGCUGCAAUCUAUUGUCGUUCCUUCCCAGAAAGAGCAAGCUCUCAGUGGAGAGUAAAACCUCAAAGUAAUUUCUCCCUAGUAGGGGAGAUUCCUUUUCAAACAAAUGAGAAAUUCUCCCCUCCCAAAGGAACCGUCUCUUCUAGUAAAGCCAGCAGGGAGUUCACUGUGGUCAAGAGCCUCCCUGGAUCAUUCAAGACCCUAAAAGACCUGGCUCUGGCUGACUUAUGGGGACAUCUUCAUAAAUUCCUCUCCCACAACCUUCUUUUUCAGAGGAUUCUACUGCUAAUGGCAGUAGACUCUGGGGGCUCAGCCCCUAACCCUGGGCUUUUGUAAUCUGGAAAGAAGACUAGACAGGAUUUGUGGGAGUAGUGAGGGCAUUGAGAUGGCAAAUCUCCAUUCUGUACUUGGCCAACCAGGGACUGUAAUCUGGCCAACUCACUUGAAGAGCCCCAUAGACCUCCACCCUCUGCUUGUUAGUGGUGAAGGCCUUCUAAAAUGGCGGAAACCAUAUAGUAAAUGACAUUGAUUUUUUUGGGGGGAGGGGUGUUUGCUUGGGAGAUGGAGUUGUUUGUAUGUGUUUUUAAAUAAAGCGGUACCUAAAUGAUU